AUGAUCUUUUUUCAACAGGUUUAUCAAGGUUCUAAAAACAGUGAUGCAAAUUUACGCAAACAUUUAGCAAGUUCGGUUCACCAAGUUCCAAAUGUCUUAUAUGCAUCGCAAACAAAUGAUGGUUCAAAUGUUCAAGUUCCUGUUCCAGUUAUAUCACCUGAACGAAAACGUGAACUACAUACUGCUGCAGUUAAUUGUAUAUUACGUGAUGGUCUUGCAUUUGGAAUAUUUCGUGAACCUGGUAUGAGUCAAUUUCUCCAAACAGCUAUUCCUGGAUAUGUUGGUCCGAACCGUAAAACAGUUCGACAAAAAAUAGCAAAGAUAUAUUCAUCAUACACCACCAAACUUCGGUCUGUUCUAUCCAAAGUCGAUUUUAUUGCACUCACAUGUGAUCUUUGGCGAAGUUCAAAACGAGUACAUUACAUUAGUCUUACUGGGCAUGUUUUUAAUACGAAAUAUGAAACUGUUCCAAUUGUACUUGGUUGUCGUCGUGUUAUCGGCCGUCAUUUAUCCACAACUAUUGAACGUUAUAUUGAAUUUGAAUUAAAACGACUUAAUAUUAAACAAGAACAACUUGUUAGCAUUACCACUGAUAAUGGUUCUGAAAUGAAAAAAGCAACAUCAACACUUAAAUUUGGCAAUCGUAUUUCUUGUAUGGCCCACAACCUUAAUCUGGUAGUAAAGCGUGGUCUCUGUCUUUGGACAGAACCAAAUCCAGAUGAUUUUCCAUUGGUUCUUGACUCUAAUUCUGAUGAAUGGGAAGAUAUUGAUGAUAUUGAUUACGGUGCAUCCGAUGUUGAUGAAAAUUUAAUUGAAGUAGCUAC